UACUAAGAGCUAGUAGGGCCGUCAGGCCACUAUCACGAGGAGGACCACAGGGUAGCAGCCAGGCAGGAACCACCUGAUAACCAUCACAAUGGCACGCUUACCCAAGCUUGCUCCCCGAAAUCCCGUGCGCCUCGCUAACUCCAUAGUCUCUCCUCUCGCUGCUGCCGAUCCAUCAAUCUCUCGACUAACUCCGUCCAGCCCGAAUGCAUCGCCAAGUCGCUCCUUUUUCAACUACUUCUUUCCGCCUCCACGUGUCAACCCCGGUCCAGAAAUCCCGCCACCCAAGCCGUCCUACUGGUCAGAUCCCGAGUCGCGUUUAGAGACGUCUAGAAACCUCGCCGAAGCGCCGAUCGCGCCGACAAUACAGCCGGGAGAGCUGCCUAGGUUAGUCGCGAGCCGCGUGGCGUGCAUGCGCAGCGGCGAGGUGGUGUUACGCGAUAUGAACAUGAGCGUGUACGAAGGCGACGGUGUGCUCCUAACGGGGCCCAACGGCAGCGGCAAGAGCACAUUCUUAAGAUUGCUGGCGGGCUUUAUCAAGCCGACUGCGGGGUAUUUGAUGUGGCAGGGGCACAGCCUCAUGAACCCAGAUGUAUAUGACAUGUACCGGGUGAACGUGCACCUCAUGGGGGCGAAGGACGCCAUCAAGAACUCGUUUACUGUCGACGAUAACGUGCGCACGUGGGCCGUACUAGAGGGCACGGAGGACAGGGUGGCAUGGGCUCUAGAGGCAGUGGGGCUGAAGCACCUCUCAAGGGAGCCAGCCAGCAUUCUCAGCAUGGGGCAGCGCAAGCGCCUGCAGCUUGCUCGUCUGCUGGCCAUCCCUCGUUCGCUGUGGCUGCUGGACGAACCGUCCGUUGGGCUGGACUUGGAGGGGGUGGCGCUGCUGGAGGGCAUGGUGGAGGAGCACAGGGCGGCGGGGGGCAUUGCGUUUGUGGCGACCCACACGCCCAUCCAACUCUCCUCCUGCUUCCACCUGCGAUUUCCCGUCAGGGACCCAAGGACAUUUGCCAUGUGACAUGACAGCACCACGACCGCUCCUAUCACACCCAUGCAAUGAGUUGAUGACACUAGUAGGUAGUCAGAUGUACUUCAGAUGCCACUAGUGCUGUUCAGUCGUGUCAAGUUUUGAGGCGCCACAAAACUAGCCACCUCGAUCACACCUAUCAUACCCAUGCAAUGAGUUGAUCACACCAAUAUAGGUUGUCAGAUGUACAUCAAAUGCCACUUCUGCUGUUCAGUCCGGUCCGGUCCCCUUUGAGGCGCCUUAAAACUAGCCACCUCAACCGCACCCAUGCAAUGGGUUGAUCAAACCGGUAGGUUUGUCAGAUGCAACUACUGCUGUCUAGUCCUGUCAUGCUGGAAACAACGUAGUGCAAUUAACGGAU